CAAAUUUUUGGACCUCAACAGCAUACUAACCACCAAGAUGGCCGCCGUCAACAACAUGGAGGUGGACUACACCAUCAAGCCCGAGGCGGUUAAGCCGACUCAGUCCAGCGAGGACUGGCCUCUUUUGCUCAAGAACUAUGAGAAGCUGCUCGUUCGCACCGGUCACUUCACUCCUAUCCCUGCCGGUGCUUCUCCCCUGAAGCGUGACCUCAAGUCCUACAUCAGCUCCGGUGUUAUCAACCUGGACAAGCCCUCCAACCCGUCUUCCCACGAGGUUGUCGCGUGGAUGAAGCGCAUCCUCAGAUCUGAGAAGACCGGUCACAGUGGUACUCUCGAUCCCAAGGUCACUGGCUGCUUGAUUGUCUGCAUUGACCGUGCCACCCGUCUGGUCAAGUCCCAGCAGGGUGCCGGUAAGGAGUACGUUUGCGUGAUCCGUCUGCACGACAAGAUCCCCGGUGGCGAGGCUCAGUUCCGCCGCGCCCUCGAGACCCUCACUGGUGCUCUCUUCCAGCGUCCUCCCCUGAUCUCUGCCGUCAAGCGUCAGCUCCGUAUCCGUACCAUCCACGAGAGCAAGCUGUACGAGUUCGACAAUGAGCGCCACCUCGGUGUCUUCUGGGUCAGCUGUGAGGCUGGUACCUAUAUCCGUACCCUCUGUGUCCACCUGGGUCUGCUCCUCGGUGUUGGUGCUCACAUGCAGGAGCUGCGCCGUGUCCGCAGUGGUGCCAUGAACGAGGAGAGCGGCAUGGUUACUCUCCACGACGUUCUGGACGCCCAGUGGAUGUACGACAACCAGCGUGACGAGACCUACCUCCGCCGUGUCAUCAAGCCUCUGGAGAGUCUGCUCACCUCCUACAAGCGUAUUGUCGUCAAGGACAGCGCUGUCAACGCCGUCUGCUACGGUGCCAAGCUGAUGAUUCCUGGUCUCCUUCGUUUCGAGUCCGGCAUUGAGGUCAACGAGGAGGUCGUCCUCAUGACCACCAAGGGUGAGGCUAUCGCCAUUGGUAUUGCCCAGAUGUCCACCGUUGAGCUCACCACCUGCGACCACGGUGUCGUCGCCAAGGUCAAGCGCUGCAUCAUGGAGCGUGACCUGUACCCCCGUCGCUGGGGACUGGGCCCCAUUGCCCUGGAGAAGAAGAAGCUGAAGUCUGCUGGCAAGCUCGACAAGUACGGCCGCACCAACGAGGCCACCCCCGCCAAGUGGAAGACCGAGUACAAGGACUACAAUGCUCCUCUUGACGGCAGCGAGGAGCAGCCCGCUGCCACUUCUGAGGCCCCCGUCUCUGCCCCCGCCGAGGAGGCCGAGUCCCCCAACUCCGAGGCCGAGGCUGACGCCGAUGAUGACAAGAAGAAGCGCAAGCGUCACGAUGGCGAGACCGCCGAGGAGAAGGCCGAGCGCAAGCGCAAGAAGAAGGAGAAGAAGGAAAAGAAGGAGCGCCGAAAGUCCAAGCAGGCUGAGGACAGCGAUGAUAGCGAGUAGAUGUCCCCAGGAAGAGAAGACCAACCCUUUGCCUGGUCUAUUUCCUGUAUCAUAUUUUCUGCUUUUACUUUCUUUUCUGGAGUCUUGGGUCAAAAGGGAAUCUGUCGGUUUGAAGAUUUAUAGUCGCUCGAAUGUUAUUUCGAAUUAUAAGUUUUGUUCUUG